UGCCCGUUUCCUGGGAUACGGCCCGGGCCCGGAGGUGUCUGGCGGCUCGUGGCUUCCUGGGCCGGAACCUGGGCGCGGAGGGCGGCUGGGCUUCUGGGCGUGCUGCGGGGCGCCAUGGCCAGUGUCCACGAGAGCCUGUACUUCAACCCCAUGAUGACCAACGGCGUGGUGCACGCCAACGUGUUCGGCAUCAAGGACUGGGUGACGCCGUACAAGAUCGCGGUGCUGGUGCUGCUGAACGAAAUGGGCCGCACCGGGGAGGGCGCCGUCAGCCUCAUGGAGCGGCGUAAACUCAACCAGCUGCUCCUGCCGCUGCUGCAGGGCCCAGAUAUUACACUAUCUAAACUCUACAAAUUAAUUGAAGAAUCUUGUCCUCAGCUGGCAAAUUCAGUACAGAUCAGAAUCAAACUGAUGGCUGAAGGCGAAUUGAAGGAUAUGGAACAAUUUUUUGAUGACCUUUCAGAUUCUUUUUCUGGAACUGAACCAGAGGUUCAUAAAACAAGUGUAGUAGGUUUGUUUCUGCGCCACAUGAUCUUGGCUUACAGCAAGCUUUCUUUCAGUCAAGUGUUUAAACUGUACACGGCCCUUCAGCUGUACUUCCAGAAUGGCGAGAAGAAGACAGUGGGAGAUGCUGAGAUGGACCUGACCGAUAGAGAGGAGGGGGAGAGAAAAAUGGAGAAAGAAGAACUUGAUGUGUCUAUAAGAGAAGAGGAGGUUUCUUGCAGUGGGCCUCUGUCCCAAAAACAAGCAGAAUUUUUUCUUUCUCAACAGGCUUCCUUGUUAAAGAACGAUGAGACCAAAGCCCUCACACCAGCUUCUUUGCAGAAGGAAUUGAACAAUUUGUUGAAAUUUAAUCCUGACUUUGCUGAGGCGCAUUAUCUCAGCUACUUAAACAACCUCCGCGUCCAAGAUGUCUUCAGUUCCACACACAGCCUUCUUCAUUAUUUCGACCGCCUGAUUCUUACCGGAGCCGAAAGCAAAAGUAACGGGGAGGAGGGUUAUGGCCGAAGCCUGAGAUACGCUGCUCUGAACCUGGCCGCGCUGCACUGCCGCUUCGGGCACUACCAACAGGCAGAGCUCGCCCUGCAGGAGGCAAUUAGGAUUGCCCAGGAGUCCAACGAUCACGUGUGUCUCCAGCAUUGCUUGAGCUGGCUUUAUGUACUUGGGCAGAAGAGAUCUGACAGCUAUGUUCUGCUUGAGCAUUCUGUGAAGAAGGCAGUGCAUUUUGGGUUACCGUACCUGGCCUCCCUGGGGAUUCAGUCCCUAGUGCAGCAGAGGGCUUUCGCUGGAAAGACAGCAAACAAACUUAUGGAUGCCCUGAAGGACUCUGACCUCCUGCACUGGAAGCACAGCCUGUCCGAACUCAUCGACAUCAGCAUCGCACAGAAAACAGCCAUCUGGAGGCUCUACGGCCGCAGCACCAUGGCGCUGCAGCAGGCCCAGAUGUUGCUGAGCAUGAACAGCCUGGAGUCAGUGAAUGCGGGUGUGCAACAGAACAACACAGAGUCCUUCGCCGUCGCGCUGUGCCACCUGGCGGAGCUGCAUGCAGAGCAGGGCUGUUUUGCUGCUGCCUCGGAAGUAUUAAAGCACUUGAAGGAACGAUUCCCGCCUAAUAGCCAGCAUGCCCAGCUAUGGAUGCUGUGUGAUCAAAAAAUACAGUUCGAUAGAGCAAUGAAUGAUGGCAGAUAUCAUUUGGCUGAUUCACUUGUUACAGGAAUCACAGCUCUGAAUAGCACAGAAGGUGUUUAUAGAAAAGCGGUUGUACUACAAGCCCAGAACCAAAUGUCAGAGGCACACAAGCUCUUACAGAAACUGUUGAUUCACUGCCAGAAAAUCAGGAAUACAGAAAUGGUGAUCAGCGUCCUACUGUCGGUGGCAGAGCUGUACUGGCGAUCCUCCUCCCCCACCAUCGCGCUGCCCGUGCUCCUGCAGGCUCUGGCCCUCUCCAGGGAGUACCGCUUGCAGUGCUUGGCCUCAGAAACAGUGCUGAACUUGGCUUUUGCCCAGCUCAUCCUUGGAAUCCCAGAACAAGCUUUGAGUCUUCUGCACAUGGCCAUCGAGCCCAUCCUGGCUGACGGGGCUGUUCUGGACAAAGGCCGUGCCAUGUUCUUAGUGGCUAAGUGCCAGGUGGCUUCAGCAGCUUCUUAUGAUCCCCUGAAGAAAGCGGAAGCUCUGGAGGCAGCCGUUGAGAACCUCAAUGAAGCCAGGAACUAUUUUGCCAAGGUCGACUGCAAAGAGCAGAUCAGAGAUGUCGUUUACUUCCAAGCCAGACUCUACCACACCCUGGGGAAGACCCAAGAGAGAAACCGGUGUGCAAUGCUCUUCCGACAGCUGCACCAGGAGCUGCCCUCGCACGGGGUGCCCUUGAUAAAUCAUCUCUAGGGAGGACACCGCCACUGGGCCGCUGGACAGAGAAUAAGAUUCUGGACCUGGUCCCACCCCUGCCCUCCAGCUAAAUGCCCGUCUGUCUUGUCAACAAAUGCACUGUUAGGUUUGUCUGCUUUUCUUAAAAUAGACAUAUUUAUUUUGUUCUCUUGGUUCCCUUUGGUAGCAGAGGGCACCCACCUUUUGUUAAUAAAUAGCUGUUUUAUUAAGUUACUACAAGUGUUCAAGAUUAUUUUCUCUCUGGGCAAAAUUACCAACAUCUUACUAGACAUCGUGCAGACUCUCCACUCGGACAUGACAAUUUGGGGUACUGGUCGGUCCUCCCGGGGCACAGCAUUGCAGGGUUCUCUUCUGAAGCUUCCCUGCUUUGUUGGACUGAACUGGUGCUUGGGCUGGGCCUGCGCAAUCUUGCAGGCACACGGUGGUCGCGGACUGGAGAUUGAAAAAGAAAAGAUCUUUUUGUGGUUUUUGGACCAAAUACAAGAAGCAUCUUCAAUCCCUUCCGGGUGCUGGCUUUCUUCUAGCUUGUACGUGGGUGUGUUUAUUCUAUGUGGAAUUGUAUAAAUGAGGGAGGAUGAUAACUUCAAUCGAGGAAUUUAUGAUGACUAAGGUGAUUAUAAAUGAAGAAGGGGACCAGUGCUCAGGGGUGUGUGGGAUACCAUCACUCCCAUCUACAGUGUGUGUAAUUUACAUACCUCCAACCUGCAAUUAAGCAGAAACCAGUUAUUGCUUUGUUUAUGAAUUUGUCUUAGCCCUGAAUAUGCACAGAAAAAGCCCCGUGUUUCAAGUCCAAAACAGCAACAAGGAACCAACCAAAUUUCGUAGCUUCUAUCAUUGGCUCUUUCUCUGUUAAAUUUAAACCUUAUGGGAAAUAAUUUCUCUCCAGAGCUCUUUGAAACUGUGUAAAACAACUCCCACUCAUUAGGGUGUGUUUGCUGGCCAAAGACAGCUGCUCUGGAAACAAGAGACUCAGUGUGGAGAUAGAGACACUAAUUGGUGUG